AAAUAGUCCGCGCUCGCAGAGACACGACGAUCACUUCGAGAAACGUGACACUCGUGACAGUAGUUUUACAACAUUUGUGAAAUUUACGGCGGGGUCUAAAGGAAGUAACCGAUCGGUACAAAUCGUACGUCGAGCAUAUUAAUGGUCAAGAAAUACGUGUAUACGUAGGCGCGAGAAUAUCAAAAGGAGUUGAUAUUACUACGCCGCACGUUGUGGAAGGAAGCAGAAAUCGAGUACUAGCAGGAAGUGGGUAGAAGGGGGUACGUCGUUGAGCUAGUUGAUUCGGUGGUGGCUACAUGUGGCUGUCCGCCGGUCGCGACAACGAGACAUUUCCUAUUGAGGCAUAAAAAGUUACAUUUUCCAACGGAAAUCGAUAGUUGAAAGAAGCCGUAAUCAUGCAAAUGGAUCCAACGACGGUGCAACUUAUCCAGGUUCUAGAGAGAACAGUCUCAUCAGACAAAAAUGAAUUGGAAGCAGCUCAGAAUUUUCUGGAGCAAGCGGCAAGGACUAAUCUCCAUGAAUUUUUGCAAAGACUUAGCAGCGUACUUGUCACUGCUGCUGCAAGCCCUGUUGCUCGUAUGGCAGCAGGUCUUCAGCUUAAAAAUCAACUUACAUCCAAAGAUCCAGACCUAAAAUAUCAAUAUCAACAACGUUGGCUUGCGAUUCCUGUAGAAACAAGAGAAUAUAUUAAGAAAAAUAUUUUUGGGGCACUUGGAACAGAGAACAAUAGGCCAGGUUCUGCACCACAGUGUGUUGCAUACGUAGCUGUUGCUGAAUUACCUGUUCGUGAAUGGACCAAUGUUAUUCAGCUGUUAGUUAAUAAUGUUGUAAAUCCAAACAGUACAGAAAUGUUAAAGGAAGCAACUCUAGAAGCCAUUGGUUAUAUUUGUCAAGAUAUAGAAAGCGACGUUUUGGUACCUCAGUCUAAUGAAAUUCUCACAGCUAUUAUUCAUGGUAUGAAAGGAUCUAGUACUUCGCAUUAUGUUCGUCUUGCAGCUACAAGUGCACUCUACAAUUCAUUAGAAUUUACCAAAGGAAAUUUUGAGAUAGAGACAGAACGAAACUUCAUUAUGGAAGUGGUAUGCGAGGCGACGCAAUCUUUAAACACACAAGUUAAAGUAGCAGCAUUACAGUGUCUUGUGAAGAUUAUGUCGUUAUAUUAUCAAUAUAUGGAACCUUACAUGGCUCCAGCACUUUUUCCGAUUACUUUAGAAGCUAUGAAAUCAGAUAUUGAUGAAGUUGCACUGCAAGGAAUUGAGUUUUGGUCAAACGUAUCUGAUGAAGAAGUAGAUUUAGCCAUGGAAGAAGGUGAAGCCUCCGAUGGUGGUCGACCGCCGGUCAAAGUAUCGAGGCAUUAUGCAAAGGGUGCUUUGCAAUACUUGGUACCUGUUCUGAUGAAGAAACUCACUAAACAAGAAGAAUUCGAUGACGAAGACGAUUGGAAUCCUUCAAAAGCAGCUGGAGUAUGUUUGAUGUUAUUAUCAUCUUGUUGCGAAGAUGCCAUUGUUCCAUUCGUUUUGCCGUUCAUCAAAGACAGUAUCAAAAGUCCAGAUUGGAGGUACAGAGAUGCUGCUUUGAUGGCUUUUGGUUCGAUUCUCGGUGGCGUCGAUCAUGCCACCUUGAAACCUUUGGUAGAGCAAGCAAUGCCAACACUUAUCGAACUAAUGUACGAUAGCAGUGUCGCGGUAAGGGAUACAGCUGCAUGGACGUUUGGUCGAAUUUGUGAGAUCAUACCAGAAGCGGCGAUUAGUGAGACAUACCUGAAACCAUUGUUAGAAGCUUUGAUAAAUGGUUUGAAGGCAGAACCUCGUGUUGCAGCAAACGUUUGUUGGGCAUUUACGGGUCUUGCAGAGGCUAGUUACGAGGCCGCUGAAAGUUUAGAAGGGCAAAAUCCAGAAACUUAUUGCAUGUCUCAAUACUUUGAUUUUAUUAUUCAGAGAUUAUUGGAAACAACAGAUCGUCCGGAUGGAGCUCAAGCUAACUUAAGGUCAGCUGCAUACGAAGCACUAAUGGAUAUGGUAAAAAACUCUCCGCGCGAUUGUUAUAUAACCGUGCAGAAGACGACGAUGGUAAUUCUGGAAAGAUUGCAGCAGGUACUGCAAAUGGAGACACAUAUCCAGAGCCAUUCGGAUCGUGCUCAAUACAACGAUUUACAAUCGUUGUUAUGUGCAACUUUACAAUCCGUACUGCGUAAAGUUACACCAGAAGAUGCUCCUCAUAUCUCUGAUGUAAUAAUGACAGCGUUAUUAUCCAUGUUCAAUUCGAAUUCUUGCAAAGCCGAGGGCGUGCAGGAAGAUGCUCUCAUGGCUGUAUCGACUCUGGUCGAAGUGCUAGGAGAACGUUUCUUAAAGUACAUGGAUGCGUUCAAACCCUAUCUUUGCCUUGGUUUAAAAAAUUAUGCAGAAUAUCAAGUUUGUUGCGCUGCGGUAGGUUUGACUGGUGAUAUCUGCCGCGCCUUGAAGAGCAAGAUGUUACCUUACUGCGACGAGAUUAUGACCCUGUUGCUAGAAAAUCUUAGCAAUGAUUCGGUUAAUCGUUCUGUGAAACCUCAAAUCUUUUCUGUUUUCGGUGAUGUUGCUCUUAGUAUUGGUCCAGAAUUCAAGAAAUACUUGGAUGUAGUACUUCAAACGUUGGCUCAGGCUUCCCAGGCGAACGUGGAUAGAAGCGAUUACGAUAUGAUCGAUUAUUUAAAUGAAUUACGCGAAGGUGUUCUUGAGGCUUACACUGGUAUAGUGCAAGGACUACGUGGUGACGAAACAAAUCCUUGUUCAGACGCUGCGAUUGCUUUGGUGGAGCCGCAUGUACCCUUUAUCAUUCAGUUUAUUACAUCAAUAGCUCAAGAUCGUGAACAUUCCGAAGGCAACAUUUCAGCCUCGGUGGGAUUGCUUGGUGAUUUGGUCACUGUUUUCGGAGUAAAACUUUUGCCAAUGGUUGAGACUGAACCGCUUACAGAGCUCUUAACUAAAGCUAGACGAUCACGCAUUGAUAAGACCAAAACUCUGGCCAACUGGGCAACUAAAGAGAUUCGAAAGCUCAAGAAUGUUGCUAAUUCCACAUCUAGUUGAUCACCCCACGGUUGUACUGUCGUGCAAUUUGAUUUGACUAGAGAGCUAUCGAACACAAUACAAAGACAACAAGAUUGGAUGGUGCGGAUGCGAGUUGAUGGAUGUGCGUGAGUUUCGAAGCGAUGACGAUGAUGGGGUGAUGAAUCUGCACGUGUCCCUGCUCUGGCGACGGUAUUCGAGUACCGACACGUUGAGCACAACCCCAAAUGGUCGAGAAAAUAAAUACCUGUCUGCCGGAUGUCUGCCGACAACGGAUGAUGAGGAGUGCAAGUGGAUGUUGCCGAUGAAUGAGCCAAGGCCGAAGUCUGCCGAAAUGUUCCGGUGAUGCAAGUAUGCCUGAUAACGAGC